AUGCGGCCCUUUGCAUCUUCCAAAACCGGCUCCUCGAAGCGUCAAAUCGUCUCUCUGUUGGCUACCUUCUGCCUCGUCUCGGCCGCCGCUAGUGCGUCACUCCAAGGCGCCCGCAUCGAGCUCUCACAGCCGCCAAGCGAGCGCCAGCUCUCAUCCUACGAUGGCCGUGCAGAACCGCGCUACAUCCGUGAGCUGCCUCUGAGCCCACUCCUCAAGAGACACGGUGACGACGAGCACGAAGACGAUGCCGAUGAGGAGCAAAAGUACGAUGCACACACGCACCUCGAACCGGAGCAACACGGGAUGGAACACGACGACGGAACUUCCAUGGAUCACCAGGACCCGCAUACUCACGCCCACGAUGACGCCGGCCACAGACAUGAAGAUGUAGCGACAGCAGCGGCGGCGACGCAACACACGCACACCCACGAGCACGGUCAUGACGCCCAUAGCAUGCACAUGGACGGCCCCAGCCCAGAUUCGAUCCCUGACGCCUCAAUCGCAGGCUCCGAGCUGCGCGAGCUCCCGGUAUGGCAUUCGCAUGGGGGCCACGGACACUCGCACGGCUCGGGUCCCGUACGCGAAAAGCUCAACGAGACGCUCCUUUUCCGCGCCAAGGGCCCCGACCCGCUCAGCUACAUCGAGUGGGACUUUGCCUACGGUGUCGGCUCGCUCGCCCAGCUCCAGCGCUUCACUGCCGAUGCCGACGUCCUCGCCGGCACAGAAAAGAUGGGCGUCGUCGAUGGACGAUGGAGGAAGCUCUUUGACGAGAACGAUGCGGAUCAACGCAAGGCCAUCGCUCAGGACAUUGCCUCGCGCAUUGAGGAUGCCCAGGGCCAAGAGCCCGGCCGACACCGUGGUCUGCUCGUCCUUCACGUCGUGACGGCCAUCGUCAGCUGCUUUGUCCUGCUGCCCAUGGCGCUCGUGCUGCGCGCUGCCCACUCGUCUCUCGCUCCCCUCGUCUCGCUCCUCUACCUCGCUCUUCUCGGCGGCUCCAUGUUCAUCUCGAUCAUCUACAAGGCGCUCACGCCCAGACUCUACCCGGACAACGCGCACGGCUCCAUGGGCUGGGCCAUCCUGUGGAUCUCGCUCAUCACGCUCGGAUCGGACGUCUUCCGUCUGGUUGGCCAGAUCUGGUCCGCAGUAGGCGCGCUCCGCUCGCACAGGCGCGCUCAGUCCAAUGCGUGGCUUCCCACCGGCGGUGUUGCCAACGCCACAGGAGGUCCGCAGUCGUGGAGGGAUGUUGUCGGCACGAUGCUCGGCCGAGGACAGAGCCACAAUCUGAACAGCGAGAGCUACGAUGCGCUUGAAGAGGAGGCUAUGCUUUCUGAAGAGGCGCAGAGCGACGCGCACGAGCUCGACGUCGAAAAGCACAUGCACCGCCAUACGGCCGCGCCGAGGCGAAGCGGCUUCAGCUCGCGAUCAGGAUCAGGCUCGGGCUCGCCGCACCGCGUCCAUUUCGACGAGGACGGAGAGGCAGGGCACCGCACGCAUGGUGGCAGCGCCGAGUCGCUCGUGGAGCCAGUCAACUGGGUCGGCAGCGGCAGUACCGCUGUGAGCAGCCCCGAAGGCGGGCGCCGCAGCAACCUCGCUGGCGGUAACAGCCACCUGGGAGCCGAUCGUCUGGUGGCUUCGCCUACGACCACGGCGUGCAACACGCCUCGCAACUCGAUCUUCGGGCCCGACUCGACUCUGCUUCCCCCGCUCAGCCUCAAGUCGGUCUCGCUGUGGCGCAAGCAGGCUCACGACGACCAAGCCCGCGCGCCCCAAGAUUCAAGCCAUCCCGAAGCCAUGGGCUACCCUGCCACACAGCCGCGAAGUAGUCGCCUUGACACCUUCCGAACCGUGCUGCGAUACGCGCGCGUAGUGGCGGCGCGUUCGCUGCCCAUCCUUGCCUUUGCAACCUCGUACACCGGUCUGGCCGUCUACACGGGCUCCUGCCGCUCGGGCUACAAGAACGUGUGUCUGGCGCACGGCAUCAAGGGCGGCAUCUUCUUCUGGUUUGGACUGCUCACAUUCGGACGCUAUCUGGGCGCGUAUGCCGACUGCGGAUGGGCGUGGAACAAGCGACCCAGUGCAGCAGCCGGCGUGCGGGGAGGCGGCAGCAGCCAGCGAUUGGCAGCCUGGCGCCGCAACAUGCCCAGCGCCGAAUUCGUCGAGUGUCUGGUGAUUUUCAUCUACGGCGCUUCCAAUACCUGGAUGGAGCGCUUCGGAGCGCAGCCGGGCGACCCGUAUACGAUCAAGCAGAUCCAGCACAUUUCGAUUGCGGUCAUGUUCUGGUUCGCCGGGCUGAUGGGCAUGCUGCUCGAGACGCGCUUUAUUCGCAACAUGCUUUCGUUCCCGAUCGCGUACCAUCACGUGGCGGCUGUGCCGCUGCGCGAGGCUCGUCGUCGUCACAAUGCAUCGCGCAUGCGCGGUGGUGGUGCUGGGAGAGGCGCACGUGUCGGGUACGACGAGGCGGACGAGGAGCUCGAGCUGCUGGUCGAGGCGCAGACGCAGCCGGCGUCGUACUCUGCGUCGUUCAACCCGUUCCCUGCGCUGGUGAUCGGCGUGACGGGCGUGGCGAUGGCGGCGCACCACCAGGACUACGUUUACGAGGUGGAGAUCCACAUGCUGUGGGGCGAGCUGCUGGCUGGCUUUGCGGUGCUGCGAUGCCUGACGUACUUCCUGCUGUGGCUGCGACCGCCCACGGCGUCGGUGCUGCCCUCGCGUCCUCCCACCGAGGCGCUGGCCGCAUUUUCGCUGUGCUGCGGAGGGCUGGUGUUCAUGCUGAGCAGCGAGGAAGUGUCGUUUGCUGCGAUGCGCAGCGGUUACGGCGACUUUAUGGCCAUCCUCAAUGUGGCGGUGGCGGCGGUGGCGCUGCUCUUCUGCUGGACGACCGUGCUGAUGAUGCUCAAGGGCUGGGCGGUGCGCCGCGAGGUCAAGAGGAGCGUGUACGUCGCCGAAGUAGUGCCUGACCUCGGCGCAAACGCUCUGCAACUCAACGUGGCUGCCAACGAGGAUACCCAGCCCAGGCACAUGCGCGCGAGCGUCGCUGGCCGAAAUGCGGCGGCAGCACCCGUCGCUACCACUGCCACUGCCGACCCAGUCUUUGUGCUCGAGGAUGAGGAGGAUGAGUAG